AUGAGUGGGACCUUAGCGAAGAUCGCGGAGAUCGAAGCCGAGAUGGCUCGGACUCAAAAGAACAAGGCUACAGCUCAUCACCUUGGGCUGCUUAAGGCUCUCCUUGCCAAGCUUCGAAGAGAGCUCAUCACUCCGAAAGGUGGCGGUGGUGGUGGGCCAGGAGAAGGUUUUGAUGUGGCUAAGACAGGUGAUGGUCGAAUUGGGUUUGUGGGUUUCCCAUCUGUGGGGAAGUCAACUCUGCUAAGCAACCUAGCAGGAGUGUAUUCUGAAGUGGCAGUAUAUAAAGGUGCCAAGAUCCAGCUUGGGAAAGGCAGAGGUCGUCAAGUCAUUGCAGUGGCCCGAACAUGGAAUUUGAUCUUGAUUGUUCUGGAUGUCCUAAAACCCUUGGGACAUGAGAAGAUAAUUGAAAAUGAGUUGGGGGGCUUUGGGAUUCGCUUGAACAGCAAGCCCCGCAACAUUGGCUUUAAGAAGAAAGACAAGGGAGGCAUUGAUCUCACAGCCACUUGCCCUCAGAGUGAACUAGAUGCUGCAACAGUGAAGAGCAUUCUGGCUGAAUACAAAAUUCACGCUGCUGAUGUGACAUUGCGGAGUGAUGCCACAGCAGAUGACCUCAUUGAUGUGGUCGAAGGAAAUAGAGUUUAUAUCCCCUGUAUCUAUGUAUUGAAUAAGAUUGAUCAGAUCUCCAUUGAGGAAUUGGAUAUUAUCUAUAAGGUGCCUCACUGUGUGCCCAUUUCUGCCCAUCACCGCUGGAAUUUUGAUGACCUUUUGGAGAAGAUCUGGGACUAUCUGAAACUAGUGAGAAUUUACACCAAGCCCAAAGGCCAGCUACCAGAUUACACCUCCCCAGUGGUGCUGCCAUACUCCAGGACCACGGUGGAAGAUUUCUGCAUGAAGAUUCACAAAAAUCUUAUCAAAGGAUUUAAAUAUGCUUUGGUCUGGGGUCUCUCUGCGAAGCAUAAUCCUCAGAAAGUGGGUAAAGACCAUACAUUGGAAGAUGAGGACGUCAUUCAGAUUGUGAAGAAGUGA